CUCAGCAGCAGAGAGGAAGUGACGUCAGGAACAGGGAGGGGAGGGGCUUUCCUUCCUUCCUUCUCUCUCUUUCUGCAAUGCUGACGUUCCCUUCCGUUCUGCUGGCAGCCAAAGGAGCAAAGAUGAAGCUCUUGCUCCUUGCGCUGCUGGUGGUCCUCUCCUGCGUCCGUGCCGAGGAAGGCGCCCGGCUCUUGGCAUCCAAGUCCCUCCUGAACCGAUACGCCGUCGAGGGACGUGACCUCACCUUGCAGUACAACAUCUACAACGUUGGCUCCAGCGCCGCCUUAGAAGUGGAGCUGUCGGAUGAUUCCUUCCCUCCAGAGGACUUUGGCAUCGUCUCUGGGAUGCUCAACGUUAAAUGGGACAGGAUCGCACCCGCCAGCAACGUCUCCCACACGGUGGUCCUGAGACCCCUGAAGGCCGGCUACUUCAACUUUACGUCGGGGACCAUCACUUACUUGGCCCAGGAGGGAGGCCAGGUGGUGGUCGGCUUCACCAGCGCCCCGGGACAAGGAGGGAUCCUGGCCCAGCGCGAAUUCGACCGCAGGUUUUCUCCGCACUUUCUGGACUGGGCCGCUUUUGGCGUCAUGACCCUCCCUUCCAUCGGCAUCCCUCUCUUGUUGUGGUACUCCAGCAAAAGGAAGUAUGACACCCCAAAGACCAAGAAGAACUGAGCAAACCUCCCUUCCGGCCAUUUUGCCUCCUUUCCGGUCCAUCAUGGCAGCUGUGUUUGCCAACAGCGGCGUUUCAAGCGGACGGCGUUUCCAUUUAAGCAGAAGAGUAUUCUAUGGUUGCCGCAAAGCGAUCCCAAAUGACCAGAUCUCUGAGUCACAAGUCUGGCCGCCUCCAUUUUGCCUCCAAAAACUCACCUUCCUCCGCCAAAACGGUGCUGGCAGAAAAGGGUUUGGAGUGGAAACGCCAGCGCUAUCAAAAGCGUUGAAACGUGUUCGGUUUUUCGGUCGGGGUGCGUUUUUUUAAAUAAAAAAAUAAAAUAAAACCACAAA